CGGAAAUGGACGACGAAUUUGAGGAAUUUGAUGACGACGAUGACCGACCGAGUCGCAGAGCAGGAACCCGGAGAUCGACACGAACUGCAGUCGUCAAUGCAAACAACCAGCGACAGGCCGCGACUGAGCCUCAGUGGCGGGGAGAACGUCGAUCCUUGCGAUUAGGAGCAGCCCCCGACACGCAGCUAGAUCUAGAGCCUCCCAAGAAGCGGGCAAGGACUGAGGACAGCACGAUGAGCUCCUCCGGGGCCGAGUCAAGCUCGCAUGCUCCUAAAUUCCAGCCCUCAGGCGCAGCAGCUCUCCGGCCGAACGAAGUUGCCAUGGAACAAGUGGCUGGCAAGCGCAAGUCCAAGUUUUGGGUAUAUGCUGUCGAAGGUGCCUCUGAUCCGGAGCCUUUCGAAAACGGUGGCGGCGGCGCCGACGAGACUAUUGAUGCUGAGUCCCAAGCCGAAUCUAUGGACAUCGAUACUUCGACGCCGGUCACGAACGGAAAACCGAACGGUGUUGACCACACACAGGACCCAGGUUCCCCGAUGGACUCAGCGGCAUAGCUAUUUUCUACCACACAUUAUCUAGAUACCAGCAUAUCUCUCUCGCAAUGCCAUGUAUGUACUGUACCAUAGUUUGAACGAGCCUUUGCUCCGGAUAAAGCACCUUUUGGGUUUUUUAUUUUUUUAUUUUUUGCACUUGGCCAAUGGGAGUUCGUUGAUUGGCGCUCAAAUCACGUCAGCCAUGGUCUCGCCUUGCUCCCGAUCGCGUCAGUCGGGUCUCGGAGGACAGGACGGGAAGAAGAUCAAACUCGUGUCCCCCGUAUUCCCAGCCUCCGCCACUGCCACGAACGACCUAUGCUGCGGCGAAAUGCGGUGUCCAGCCAGAGCCUCCGACGUGUUUUUCGAUUCCGUGGAUGUCUGCUGGCGCGCAUGGAUCAGCCAACCAGACCCCAGCGACCAGGGCGACGAGAAGCGCACACACACACAAUCCCAGCGUCGGUCGACGACAAGGCGCUAGCGACGACAUUCGACCGGCCCAAGUCCAAAUUCGGCUCCAUCGCAGGUUCCUUGUCGCCGACCGGGUUGUUCGGACACAAAUCCCUGACCCGACCCGAGGCGCUCAUCGAGCUCACGGAUGCGACGCUCAUCCGGGCGCAGAUACUCACGGACCGGAUAGUCGACGCGCACAGGUCCCGCGCGGAGUUGAUGCUAGUCGUCAAGAAUCUGGACCGCCUGAGCGACCUGCUGUGUGGUGUGAUCGACUUGGCGGAGCUGGUGCAGAAUGCGCACCCGGAACAGGUGUGGGUGGAGGCGGCCAACUUCGCGCAUGAGAAGUUAUGUAAUUUUAUGAAUGUGUUGAACACAAAUACUGGGUUGUACGAGGUUUUGAAAACAGUGCUCAACGACUCAGAGAUUAGGAAGACGUUAUCGAGGGAGGCACUAGCCACUGCACUCAUUUUUUCACGCGACUUUGAGAACUCUGCCAUCCAUCUGCCGCCGGACAAACGUAACAAAUUUGUGGACCUCUCUUCCGAUAUUCUGGUUCUGGGGCGGCAGUUUCUGCAGGGCACAUCCACCCCUGGCCCUCCGGCAUCGAUUAAACCAGCCGAGUUGGCGGGGCUCAAGGACCAGGGCAUGGGAGUGCGGCUGCAACUGCAGGCGCGCUUCACUCAGCGCGAUUUACUCGUCUACCCUGGCUCUCUGCAGGCGCAGAUGAUUAUGCGGUCUGCGCCCGCCGAAGAAGCUCGAAGACGCGUCUAUAUCGCGUCGAAUUCGAGUCCAGUUGAACACAUCCAGGUUCUGGAAGAACUGUUGAGGAAAAGGGCGGAACUGGCGCAGUUGGUCGGGAAACCGAGUUUUGCCGCUAUGACGCUGGAGGACAAGAUGGCGAAAUCACCAGCCAAUGUCGGACACUUCAUUGACGCUCUCCUCGACCACACUCGACCAGCAGCCCAAAGCGCCUUGCAUGCAUUGAGCCAGCGGAAACAAACCCACCUGCGCAUCCCAUCUCUCCCGGUGAUCCAAGCCUGGGACCGCGACUUCUACUGCCCUCCCGAACCACCAACCCCGCCGAUAGCACUUCCCCCUUUGACGCUGGGGACGGUGUUCAUGGGUCUAUCGCGGUUGUUCCGGCAUCUAUACGGCGUUUCUUUGCGACCGGUGUCAGUCCAAGCUGGAGAGACAUAUCAUGCCGAUGUCACGAAGCUCGAAGUGGUGGAUGAGAUAAAAGGCGUUAUCGGGUGGAUCUACGCCGAUCUGUAUGCUCGGCGUGGAAAAGCAAGUGGUGCGGCGCACUACACCGUGCGAUGCUCGAGGAGAACGGACGACGACGACGAAGCUGGAGAUCUCAUCGGAGCUGAGCUCGAACCACACAUCGCAAUCUCCAAGAAUUUUGAAGCCGUCAAGCGGCACGUGCUUCCCGGCCAGGACGGGACGUACCAGCUGCCUCUGGUCGUGCUGGUUUGCGAGUUCUGGAGAGGGUCGGUGUUGCAGUGGCACGAAGUGUCGACGCUGUUCCACGAAAUGGGCCACGCCAUGCACUCAAUGAUCGGGCGAACCGAGUACCAGAACGUCUCCGGCACCCGCUGUGCUACAGACUUUGUCGAGCUGCCAUCGAUUCUGAUGGAACACUUCCUCAGCUCGCCUUCCGUUCUUUCUCUGUUCGACGCCGAGGAUUCUACUACUCUGGCGCGGCAGAGCGCCAACCAGCACGUCGAUCCUUGCCAUUCCAUCGACACGUACUCGCAGAUCCUGUUGGCAGCGCUUGACCAGGGUUACCACUCCCCGUCAGUCCUCGAAAGCGGUUUCGACUCGACCGCUGAGCUCGCGAGGCUGCACAAUACGCGUGGACUGAUUCCCCAUGUUCCUGGAACUUCGUCUCAAGCACACUUCGGACACCUGGUGGGCUAUGCCGCCACGUACUAUUCGUACCUCUUCGACCGUGCGAUCGCAUCGCGGGUGUGGAGGGAUGUCUUCUCGGAGGAUCCGCUCGAUCGCGAGAAAGGAGAACAGUACAAGCAAGAGGUGCUCAGGUACGGCGGAGGAAAAGACCCGUGGAAGAUGGUCAGCACGCUACUCUCAGCGCCGCAGCUCGAAGAAGGUGACGCCCAGGCCAUGCGGGAGGUCGGUAGGUGGCGCAUUGAGGAUGAUGUCGGCGAGGGUGGGCUGCAUUGA